GGAUCUACUUAUGGGUUAUUAUUCAUGAUUGAUGAUUGGCACGAUAAUGGCAUGUUGGUUUCCAUAGAAGAUAUGUAAUCUGGGAUGUCUAGUUUAUGAAAUAGCAAUAAUAGAUAGAGUCUCUGGGAGACAUUUUAUCAUCUUCUUGUUUAGUAAUUGGAACCAUAGUUUAGUAUAGCUGGAGCAGGUUAUGGAACUAACUGGUCAUAGGGGUAUUAUGAAUGGGGAGAGUAAGGCCAUGGACAAUGAACCUUCUGCAAGCAUGCCUCUAAGGCCGCGCCAAAUCUACCCAACAUAUCCUGCAGGCUUAGUGAAGAAGACAGCUUACAUAUUUGACGGCUUAGGGAAUUUUUUUAAUAAGGAAUGGGAUCUAGCAGACCUUCAUCAAAACAGGAAAAGAGAAUCGGAGCUAGUAGAUGGAAGAGGGAAUGAAUUUUCUUGGUACCAUGUGGAGCUCCCAAAAGAAAAUCAGAAGUUGUCACAGUCUGCACAAGACUUAAUUGGUGUUCUUUGCCCACCUUUGAAACUCCAGGAUAUUCUCUCCCUCGUCAGCAAUGGACCCUUUUGUGCACAUGUUGAUGGGGCACUUGUAUUCAGGGUUAAUUCUCCUGGUCCUCCCAACAGUGACUUUACAUUUAGGAUUGCUGCUAGAGUCACAGAAAAUUCAGUAAUUACUGUGUCUUUGGGGCGUGUUCCCCGAUUAGGUUUCUCACGGAUGGGAGAGUCUCUUCUUUCUGAGAUUCCUAGCGUGGAAAUUUCCCCUCAUUUUGGAGAUCAGCAGAAGCAGGGGAAUGGCAUUGUGAUUAAGGAGCAUGUUCUUGAAUUCUUAUUGACUAUGAAUCAUUCAGAGGAAGCUGACAAUCCAGUUCCUAGAUCUGUCUCAAACCUUGUCGUUCAUAUAAUUGACACACACGUAGAUCAGCUUCAAGAUCUUGUGACUAAACUUGAGAUGGAGUUGGACUCUGUUGAGCUAGCCUUGGAUAAAGGUGGUUUUGCUUUGAAGAAACAAAUGCUGGAUGAUAGAAGAUUUCCCAAACUGCAUCUGGACUUGCAGCGUCUUCUUCAGGUGAUUUCUCACGGAGAGCAAGUAUUUUUACGAGUCAGAGAAAAAUGCUCUUUAAAACCAUGGUUUGCCAAUGAAGACAUUAGCUCUCUUGAAGAGCUAAUUGGAAGAUUAAAGAGGUUGAAGGAGAAUGUCGGAUUCAUAGUGAAUCGUGUAACGGCAAUUCAGGCAGGUCUUGACAGCUGGCAGGCUGAGCAAAUAAACAGGAAACUUUACUAUCUUUCAUUCCUUUCAAUCAUAUUCCUCCCAUUAUCCAUCGUUACUGGAGUUUUUGGCAUGAAUGUUGGAGGAGUUCCUUGGACUGGCCAAAACAAUCCCGAGCUUAAGGAUGGUUUUCGCAAUGUUAUCCUGCUCUGUGUUGUUAUGGUACUACUUGUGCUACUUUGCUUCCUCUUCCCGGCUCUGUAUACCCGUAUAGCUGGUGCAUGGCGGAAAAAGAACGUUCUGGGAAGAAGCUGGUCAAUUAAUAGGAAGUCAUUUCUCAGAAGACCUCUCCAUAUUGGAGAUCAAGGGAGAGGAGGAUACCUUAGGAUUUGACGAUGAAAGGUUUUGUUCUUUUGAAAAAUACCAUCCUGGUCACAAAAUCUCUUCCUUCUGUUUUCAAUAAUGUCUCGCGUAGAGGCUGCCACGUAUAGAAGAACCGGAAGCCUCAGAGAUGGAGGAUUCAUGAAACAGAUUCUUUGGUUGAUGAAAAUGUAGACUUGUGAUCAAAGUGAGCCUAUUCGUUCAUUGUUCCUCUCUUGUUCAGGGGAAGGGGAUCUAUGGAUACAUCAUUUUUUUCUAGAUCCUGGCAGCAUUUUCUUCCUUGUACAGUGUUUUGUAUUAGCUUUAUCCAAGCCUCAUCCAAUGGAAGAACUGUAUUUGUUUCUUCACUCUGCCCGUUUGGAUUUGCUAUUUCCAGAGACGUAUGAUUAUCAUUCCAUAGGUUUUGUACGGCCUGUGGCGGCUUAAAAUGUGCUUGAAGAAGUUGAUAAUGAGAUUAUACAUCAAAA